AUGUCCCAAGUUCGCAAACGCCGGGCGACCGACGCCGAUCCCUCCUCAUCUCGACGCCAACGUCCACGCAGCAGCUCCGCCUCCCCAGACGCAGAUAUGUCCGACGAUGCCGGCCACAGCGCACCAUCCAGUCUAGACGCUAUGGUGAAGAAGAUGGUACGGCUGGCGCUGGCGAGCGAGUACUCGCGCCUGCCCAUCCGGCGCACCGAUAUCAGUGCCAAAGUAUUAGGAGAACAGGGUUCGAGGCAAUUCAAGACGGUCUUUGACACGGCACAGCAACAUUUGCGCAGUAAAUUUGGGAUGGAGAUGGUGGAGUUGCCGGCUAGGGAGAAGGUGACUAUUUUACAGCGGCGGGCCGCGCAAAAAACCGAAAAACCAUCCACCAGUACCAAAUCCUGGAUCCUCAUCAGCACCCUCCCCGCCGCAUACCGCACACCCGCCAUCAUCCCGCCUACACGAGCCCCCUCCACCACCACUGAAAGUACCUAUACCGCAUUCUACAGCUUCGUUAUCGCCGUCAUUUUAUUGAACGGUGGAACCCUCGGCGAACAAAAACUUGGUCGAUAUCUGCGUCGCAUGAACGCGGAGGACUACAUGCUCGGUGACAAGACGGAUAAAUUGCUCGCGCGACUUUGUCGGGAGGGGUAUCUCGUGCGGACGAGGGAAAUGGAUGGUGGAGAGGAAGUUAUUGAGUUUAUGGUUGGACCAAGGGGAAAGGUCGAGGUUGGAAGUUCUGGGGUAGCGGGUCUUGUGCGAGAGGUUUAUGGGCGUGGACGGGAUUCUGGUGGUGGUGGUGGUGGUGCUGCUGGGGAGAAUGACUUAACGCAGAUGGAGCGUGAGAUGAGAGCGGAAUUUGAAGCGAGACUGAGACGGAGUUUGGGCAUUUCUGGUGUACGUGAGGAUGACCAGGAGGACCGGCGAGGGGAGCAGCGGGUGGCUAAUGGCAGUGGUGCCGGGGCUCCAGCGAGAACCGUGGCACCGAGUGAAGCACCGAGACGGUCUUCGAGGAGGGCGACUACUGCACACGAGUCGGAGGAGGAGGAAGAAUCUAGCGGGGAGCCUGAGACGGAUUCGGUCAAGGACGAGGACGAGAGUGAUUGA